GGCCAGUAGGGGGCUGUGCGAAGUAUGUGAGAACCGGAAGUGGCUGUGUUCUGUCUCUUUCAGUCAGGAGCUUCGUGGCAGCCCCUGUAUCCAGCAUCACCAGAGACCAUGGCGCUUGCCCUCACCGUCCCCAUUAGCAGUCCUCCUCUGGGAGCUCUGUUGACCGUUGAACAUCUCAGAGACCAAGUACAGAUCAAGGUAGAUGAAGGCAAAGAAACCAGCCUUCGGGUGUCUGAUAAUGUUUCUUUCACUGAUGUGAACUCCAUCGUCAGGUACUUGGCCAGGACUUGCCAAAGAAACUAAAUUAUAUGGGGUCAAAUCUACUGGAGCACACUGAGAUAGACCAUUGGUUGGAGUUUAGUGUUACCAAGAUUUGCAAAUCCACUGAAUUUGCUGAAGCCAUCAAGGAGCUCAAUCACAUCCUUUCCACAAGGACCUACUUGGUUGGAGAUGCAUUGAGUAUAGCUGACCUGUGCGUCUGGGCUGCCUUGAAAGAAAGCAACACAUGGCAGAAGCAGUUGACACAGAACAAGGCUCCUGUACAUGUGAAACGCUGGUAUAGCUUUCUAGAGGCCCAGGGGGCUUUCAACACAGUGUGCAACAAAUGGUCUAAAAGUGUGGCACCGCAGAAAGUGGCCCCUGAAAAGAAACAAGAUGUUGGCAAGUUUGUUGAACUUCCAGGUGCAGAAAUGGGGAAGGUGGUGGUGAGAUUCCCACCAGAAGCCAGCGGCUACCUACACAUUGGACAUGCCAAAGCCGCACUGCUCAACCAACAUUACCAGGUCAACUUCAAAGGGAAAUUAAUCAUGAGGUUUGAUGACACUAACCCUGAAAAGGAGAAGGAAGAUUUUGAGAAGGUUAUUCUUGAAGAUGUUUCGCUUUUACAUAUCAAACCUGAUCAAUUCACAUACACCUCUGACCACUUUGAAACAAUAAUUAAAUAUGCAGAGAAACUAAUUCAGGAGGGAAAAGCAUAUGUGGAUGAUACCCCUGCCGAGCAAAUGAAGGCUGAGCGUGAGCAGAGAAUAGAGUCCAAACACAGGAAAAACUCUGUAGAGAAAAACCAGCAAAUGUGGGAAGAAAUGAAGAAAGGUACGACAUAUGGUCAGACAUGCUGCCUUAGAGCCAAAAUUGACAUGAACUCCAACAAUGGCUGCAUGCGAGAUCCUACCUUGUUCCGUUGCAAGAAACAGCCACAUCCAAGGACAGGAAGCAAAUACGUUGUUUACCCCACAUAUGACUUUGCCUGCCCUAUUGUGGACAGCGUGGAGGGAGUAUCCCAUGCUCUACGUACCACAGAAUACCAUGACCGGGACGAACAGUUCUACUGGAUCAUUGAUGCUCUGGGUAUCAGGAAGCCUUAUAUUUGGGAAUACAGCCGCUUAAACCUCAACAACACUCUACUGUCCAAGAGGAAGCUCACCUGGUUUGUUAAUGAAGGCCUUGUGGAUGGCUGGGAUGAUCCCAGGUUUCCUACAGUACGUGGUGUCCUUCGGAGAGGGAUGACUGUAGAGGGAUUAAAACAGUUUAUUGCUGCACAGGGAUCCUCCAGAUCUGUUGUAAACAUGGAGUGGGACAAAAUCUGGUCUUUUAACAAAAAGGUCAUAGACCCGGUUGCCCCUAGAUACACCGCUCUUUCCAAAAACCAAGUUAUCACAGUCAACAUUCCUGAUGCAGAAGAAGGCGUAACGGAAGUAGCCAAACAUCCAAAGAAUGCAGAGGUUGGCAUGAAACCAGUGUGGUAUGGUUCCAAAGUUCUCAUAGAUGGUGCUGAUGCUGAGACGUUGUCUGAAGGAGAAACAGUUACCUUUAUAAACUGGGGGAACAUUAUCAUCACUAAAAUAAACCGGGAUUCAAAUGGCAAAAUCCAGUCUAUUGACGCCAAGCUAAAUUUAGAAAACAAGGAUUACAAAAAAACUACAAAGAUAACAUGGUUGGCCGAAACUUCCCAGGCUCCCUUCACCCCAACAACUUGUGUUAAUUAUGAUCAUCUAAUCACCAAGCCUGUGCUGGGCAAAGAAGAAGACUUCAAGCAGUAUAUCAACAGAAGCAGCAAGCAAGAAGAAUUAAUGUUGGGGGACCCUUGCCUUAAGAAUCUUAAAAAAGGUGAUAUUAUCCAACUUCAGAGAAGAGGCUUUUACAUCUGCGAUGAACCAUAUGAACCUAUCAGUCCACAUAGCUGUAAGGAGGCACCGUGUGUGCUGAUUUAUAUCCCAGAUGGUCACACAAAGGAAAUGCCAACAUCCGGCUCCAAGGAAAAGACAAAAGCAGAGGCUAUAAAGAAAGAGGACAAGGUUGAUGAAGCUGUAAAAAGCCUGCUAUCUCUGAAAUCUGAAUAUAAGGAAAAGGCUGGACAGGAGUAUAAACCCGGGCAACCUCCAGCAUCUGCAAAAACAGCCUUAAAUAAUGCCCCUAGCACGCAGGCAAAUGGUUCAAUUUUUUCUGAGGCAGAAGAGUUGUUCAACAAAGUGUCUAAACAGGGGGAGGAAGUACGUAAACUAAAAGCUGAAAAAGCAGAAAAGGGUAAGGUGGAUGCUGCAGUGAAAGUUCUUCUAGAUUUGAAAACUCAAUACAAAGCCCUGACGGGAACAGAGUACAAACCAGUCUCUGCAGCAGGAUCUGAGGACAAAAAGCAAAAGGAAAAAGACAACAAGUCUGAGAAGCAGAACAAACCAGCUAAACAGGGUGAAAGCCAGAAGAAAAAGGAUUCUAGUAAAGAACAAAAUAAUGGUUCCUCUGCUGGUGGAGCAGGUGAUGGUCAAGGUCCAAAAAAACAAACCAGGCUGGGGCUAGAAGCAAAAAAGGAAGAAAAUCUUGCAGACUGGUACUCACAGGUCAUCACAAAGUCUGAAAUGAUUGAAUACUAUGAUGUGAGUGGAUGUUACAUACUUCGUCCAUGGGCAUUUGCAAUAUGGGAGUCCAUCAAAGAGUUUUUUGAUCGCGAGAUCAAAAAGCUGGGAGUGGAGAACUGCUACUUCCCCAUGUUCGUGUCUCAGGCAGCAUUAGAGAAAGAGAAGACCCACAUUGCAGACUUUGCACCAGAGGUUGCUUGGGUUACAAGGUCGGGAAAAACUGAACUAGCAGAACCUAUAGCUGUUCGACCAACAAGUGAAACUGUUAUGUAUCCUGCUUAUGCCAAAUGGGUACAGUCACAUCGGGACCUUCCUAUAAAGCUUAACCAGUGGUGUAAUGUAGUGAGAUGGGAGUUUAAACAUCCUCAGCCAUUCCUCCGCACACGUGAAUUCCUUUGGCAGGAAGGGCACACAGCAUUUGCUACUUACGAGGAAGCUGCAGAGGAGGUACUGCAGAUCUUAGAUUUCUAUGCCAGAGUAUAUGAAGAUCUCUUGGCUAUUCCUGUUGUUAAAGGAAGAAAGACUGAAAAAGAAAAAUUUGCUGGAGGUGACUACACAACAACAGUAGAAGCUUUCAUAUCUGCCAGCGGUCGAGCCAUUCAGGGAGCAACGUCACACCAUCUUGGCCAGAACUUUUCCAAAAUGUUUGAAAUUAUCUUUGAAGAUCCCAAGAAACCAGGAGAAAAACAGUAUGCCUAUCAGAACUCUUGGGGCCUUACAACACGAACGAUUGGCGUAAUGACAAUGGUUCAUGGAGACAACAUGGGUCUUGUACUCCCGCCUCAUGUGGCCUGUGUCCAGGUUAUAAUAAUCCCUUGUGGUAUUACAAACACUCUCUCUGAAGAAGACCGAGAUGCUCUCCUAAAUAAAUGCAACCAGUAUUUAAAGCGUCUUCUGGAUGUGAAUAUCCGGGCACGAGCAGAUCUACGGGAUAACUACUCCCCAGGCUGGAAAUUCAAUCAUUGGGAGCUUAAGGGUGUUCCAAUCAGACUUGAAGUUGGCCCAAGAGACAUGAAAAACCAACAGUUUGUUGCUGUGAAGAGAGAUACUGGAGAAAAACUAACCAUUCCUGAAGCCCAGGCUGAAAGUAAACUGAAGGACAUAUUAGAAGACAUUCACACCAACCUGUACAACAGGGCACUCAAUGACCUGAAGAGCCAUAUGUUGGUAGCUGACUCAAUGGAAGAAUUUCAGAAACAGCUGGACUCAGGAAAGAUUGUUCAGAUUCCUUUCUGUGGUGAAAGUGACUGUGAAGACUGGAUCAAGAAGACCACGGCCAGGGAUCAAGAUCUUGAGCCAGGAGCACCAUCUAUGGGAGCUAAAAGUCUCUGUAUCCCUUUCAAACCACUCCAAGAGCUAAAACCAGGAGCUAAAUGUGUGUGUAACAAGAACCCAGCCAAGUACUACACCCUCUUUGGCCGCAGUUACUAGUGGAGACUUUGACAACCUUUACUAAGCUCUUUUAAAAAAAAUAAAAAUAACUGAAUCUCAGUCAACAGAAUAUAGGACCCAUCCUUGGUGUAGUCACAUCCUCUAUACACCUAAAACAAUAAAACUUAUUGUGAUUAGACUUGCUUUGUGUUAUUUGUUUAAGGGGCCAAAGCAGCGGGUGAAGAAUGGAAAAAAAAUAAAAUGGAGGCCAUGUCUUUAUGAAGAGUGGGUCUGUAACCAAAAUGUUCCUUAUGCUAUAUGGUUGAAAACAAGAUCUGUCUAUGCUCUCAGUAUAGGUGACACUGCAGCCCACAGUUUAUUUCUCAGCCUGUUUUAUUAUCGUAAUAAUAAAGCACUGAGCAGUGGGUUAUACUUAAUAUAAAUCAUUGCAAUAUGUAUUAUUCAUCACUUAAAAAAAGUAAUAAAAAUGUAAAAUUCUUUUAAA